CUGAGUGCACAUUAUGAUGGGAUUCCUACAGAUUCCUACAUCCCAGCAGCUCCCAGUAAAAGUCAUUGCACUUUGCCUCUGCUGUUGCAGUACCUGACUUUACCUGCAGGUGUCACUGUUUCACAUCACAUUAAACAGUUCAUUCAUGGUUCUGACAUCAACUCUGCCUGUUUCAGGAUCAGUAAACUCAGAGUUAACAGAGCCAGUUCAUGUUGUACAGGUCCGGAUCCAGGUCCAGGUCCCUGUAUGAGUCCACAGAUGAGUUUGUCCCUCCUCCUUCUGACAGGUGGCAGCAGGAGGCUCCACCCUCCUGAUCCUCCUCCUCUGAGCUCCUACAAACCUGUCUUCAUUUAACACUGCAGCUCAUCCAGAGAGAGUGUGUGAGAGGAAAUCUACACACACACAUUAACACACACACACACACACACACAUUAAACACACAGACUCACAGGUGAACCCAGCAGACAUGUCGGCCCUCGUCCUCAUCGGCGCCGGCUCCGUCUUCUUCCCUGGACUCUUCCUGUUGUCCAAACUGACUCUGAGACACAUGAUGGGAUGGAGGGAGGGCGACGCUGCUGUCGUAUCCACACGCCUGGUGUCGUCCGUCCAGUCCAUCAUGGCCACAGCAGCCGGUUGUAUCAUCGUCUCCUCCUGCAGAGACGUCAUGGAGGACAGACACUGGCUGACCGACUCCUACAUCCUGUUCGCCACGCCUUACUUUGCCUACGACAUCUACGCCAUGUUCCUGUGUCACUGGCACAAGCUGCAGGUCAAAGGUCACGAGGAGGAGGAGGAGGGGAAGCGUGGGGAUGUCAGGUCGGUGGGAGCUGCUGUGGUGGGUUACCUGCGCAGAGAGAUCCUCAUGGUGCUGCAUCACAUCUUCAUGGUGGCCUUCUGCUUCCCUGCUUCACUGGUGUGGAGGCAGGGUAAAGGUGAUUAUUUCCAGGGCGUUUUGUUUCUGCCGGAGCUCAGCACACCGUUCGUCUGUCUGGGGAAGGUCCUGAUCCAGUAUCAGAAACAACACACGCUGCUACACAAAGUGAACGGCGUCCUCAUGCUGCUCUCCUUCUUCAUCUGUCGGGUCUUACUCUUCCCUUACCUGUACUACGCCUACAGCAGGUACGCCUCCAUCCCGGUGUACUUGGUUCCCCUCGUGGCCCCGUGGCAGUGUAACCUGGGGGCCGCUCUGCUCUGGCCCCUGCAGCUUUACUGGUUCACACUGAUCUGCAGAGGAGCCCUCCGCCAGUUCACAAGGCACUCAAACUCACCAUCAAAGACUUUUAAACCUUACCACGACUGCUGCCCGAGUAACGGCCGAACGCCCCAACACACAGACGAACACUGACACUGACGUUUAAAGACAAACAAAAUGUCUGAUGGGGCGACUGCAGCCAAAACAUGAGCCAAAACUAAAGGGACAAACAACUGACUGAAGCGUUUCUCCUCAAGAGGAGCUCAGUAAGGUGUUGUCCUCUGAAGCUCUGACCUGUGGCAACAAAGUGAUGGACAACGAGCAAGAUUUUUCCCUUUGAGAGCAGGAUCCACAGCACAAAAUAAAAGUAUAUCUGAGGAUGAAACGUGAAAAUAAAUUUCUGGGAUUCAUUUCAGGACUGAACACUGAGGGAGCAACAUGCAACAGACUGAACAACAAUCAGAUGGUUUAACUCAAACUGUUUAUUUCAGACAUGUGUCAACCCCUCCACCAGGUGUCACUAAUGUGUUUUUCUUGUGAUUUCCUUGUGAUUGGAAGGUCUCUGCACCUGGGCCAGAUGUGCUUGUCACAGUUCUUGAGACGGGUUGUGACAGACACAGAUUCCUCUAAACGUCUCAAGACCAGUUCAGUCCAGAGCAUCAGUGUGUUGUUGUUAUUGUCGUAUUCAACUGAGUGUAAUUAACCUUAUUGAAUCUACUUUAAAUAUGUUGUUGCUGGCUACACAGAUAAUUAAAACCUUGCUGGAGCAUGGCAACAGCAGUUGUUGUCUUGUCAGUUUUCAGUUUUUCCCUUUGGCAGCUGACUGGAACCACCUUUGUCGCAAAUAAUGUGCAAAAUUAGAUUAAUUUCGACCAAUCAGAAGCGGUUGAUUGCUGGUUGGCCGGCGUGUGUCAUCAUUGAGCGUGAUAUGUGACAUCACUGACUGUGACCUGCGCAGCGCAGAGCGGCAGAGAAACAGAGUCGGAAGACGAAUGAAAAUAUUGAGCAAAACUAACAUUUGGGUCGUCGUUUUGUCUGUAACAGUGAGAAACAUAUUUCCUGAAAAGGUCACCAAGUUCUGGAGCUGUUUUUGUUGAACAGUGAAUGAGGCUGGAUGCUGAGUACAACACGGCGAAGGUAAGGCUAAUGAGCUCACUGAUUAACGGCGAGCAUUAGCUUUAGCUUUAGCCUUCUCUUUAAAUUAUAACCUUUGGCUGUAUUUCCAUUUUCAGUCAUUUUUAAUCGUGCCUGUUUGUGUUUCUGUGACUAAAGCGUCUCUAACUGAAGAUGUGGAUGGAUGAUAACACUGUGUUAGUCUAUUUACAACUCUUUGUGGGUUUGUUGUGUCUCUGGUCUCUUUGUAGACAUGUUUUGUCUCUUUGUGGCCAGUUUGUGUCUUUGUGGUCUUCUUCCAUCGUUUUGUCGUCGUUUUUUUCGUCUCUUUGUGGUGGUUUAGCUGUGUUUGUUUUGUGUCUUUUUGUGGAUUUUGUCUCUACCUCUGUUUGUUUUACAUGUAUUUAUGGUCAGUUUUUUGUCUCUGUGGUUGUGUGGUCAACCACCUGGUCAUUCCCCCACUGUUUAAGUUUUAGUGGUGAAGGGUUUGUAUUAUUAGAUUUGAUUAGUUCUUUCAUUCGUUUUUCAGUUGUUCUUGUGUUUUCCAAUAUUGAAACACAAGCAUAAGUACUGUGGUCAUUUAUUCAAGUGUCAUGUUUUCAGAGGUGUUAAAUUACACAUUGAAAUUAAUGUCAUAAAUGAGUUUGAUCUGAAUCACUGUAGCUUCAAACAGCAGGUUGCAGAGCUGGUUUAUACUGAACUGAAGGUGGAACAGCUUGAAUGAAGUGUAAGCAUUGAUGCAGUGAUGUGUUCAUUGACUGAAGGACCUGAAAGCUAUAUGUUGUACAGCUAAAGUGAUGUGUUCACUGACUGUUGGACAUGACAAGUUAUUUACCAGUACCCAAACUCUGACACACUGAAGUGUUGAUUUUAGUUUGGUGUUCAACUCUACAGUCAGUGUUUCCAAGGUUCUGUCACUUCCCUCAUGUGUUAAAAUCUGGUUUUCAUUUUAACAUCCUACUACACUAUAAUAUUUUCAUCAAAUUUUUGACACCGUACUAUAACUGUCAUAACUGACAUUUUUGAUGCCGCACUGUAGAGUGACAUUUUUUGGACACAUUUUUGGUGCCUAAAUAAUGACGCUUCUUCAUGCCUUGCUAUAUUAUGAUGUUUUUGAUGUCUUUUGAUGCCAUACUAUUUUUACUCUAAGUCAUCAAAAAUGGUCCAAAAAUGUCAUAGUAAAGUAAGUCAUCAAUAAAUGUCAUAGUCAAGUAAGGCGUCAAAAAACAUCAAAAAAUGUCUUAAAAUAGCAAAACGUCAAAAAAGGUUAAAAAAUGUCAUAGUAUAGUAAGGUGUCAAAAAAUGGUCAAAAAAUGUCAUAAUAUAGUAAGGCGUCAAAAAUCAUUAAAAAAUGUCAUAGUAUAGUAUGGCAUCAAAAAUGAUAAAAAAUGUCUUAAAAUAGUAAGGCGUCAAAAAUGUGAAAAAAAUGCCAUAGUAUAGUAAGGCGUCAAAAAAAAAAACAAAAAAUGUCAUAGUAUAGUAAGGCGUCAAAAAUGUGACAAAAAUGUCAUAAUAUAGCAAGACAUCAAAAAUGGUCAAAAAAUGUCAUAGUAUAGUAAGGUGUCAAAAAUCAUCAAAAAAUGUCAUAGUAUAGUAAGGUGUCAAAAAUGGUCAAAAAAUGUCAUAGUAUAGUAAGAUGUCAAAAAACAUCAAAAAAUGUCAUAGUAUAGUAUGGCAUCAAAAAUGAUAAAAAAUGUCUUAAAAUAGUAAGGCGUCAAAAAUGAUCAAAAAAUGUCAUAGUAUAGUAAGGUGUCAAAAACGGUCAAAAAAUGUCAUAGUAUAGUAAGGUGUCAAAAAUCAUCAAAAAAUGUCAUAGUAUAGUAAGGCGUCAAAAAAUGUCAUAGUAUAGAAUGGCGUCAAAAAUCAUCAAAAAAUGUAAUAGUAUUGUAUGGCCUCAAAAAUUAUCAAAAAAUGUCAUAGUAUAGUAAGGCAUCAAAAAUCAUCAAAAAAUGUCAUAGUAUAGUAUGGCAUCAAAAAUUAUAAAAAAUGUCUUAAAAUAGUAAAGCGUCAAAAAUGUGAAAAAAAUGUCAUAGUAUGGUAAGGCGUCAAAAAUGUGACAAAAAUGUCAUAGUAUAGUAUGGCGUCAAAAAUCAUCAAAAAAUGUCAUAGUAUAAUAAGGCGUCAAAAAAUGUCUUAAAAUAGUAAAGCGUCAAAAAAGGUAAAAAAAAAUGUCAUAGUAUAGUAAGGCGUCAAAAAUGUGAAAAAAAUGUCUUAAUAUAGUAAAGUGUCAAAAAUGUCAUAGUAUAGUAAGAUGUCAAAAAAUGUCAUAUUAUAGUAAGGUGUCAAAAACGGUCAAAAAAUGUCAUAGUAUAGUAAGGUGUCAAAAACAGUCAAAAAAUGUCAUAGUAUAGUAAGGCGACAAAAAUGGGAAAAAAAUGUCAUAGAAUAGUACGGCGUCAAAAAUCAUCAAAAAAUGUCAUAGUAUAGUAUGGCGUCAAAAAUCACCAAAAAAUGUCAUAGUAUAGUAAGGCGUCAAAAAUGUGAAAAAAAUGUCUUAAAAUAAUAAAUUGUCAAAAAACAUCAAAAAAUGUCAUAUUAUAGUAAGGUGUCAAAAACGGUCAAAAAAUGUCAUAGUAUAGUAAGGUGUCAAAAAUGUGACAAAAAUGUCAUAGUAUAGUAAGAUGUCAAAAAACAUCAAAAAAUGUCAUAUUAUAGUAAGGUGUCAAAAAUGGUCAAAAAAUGUCAUAGUAUAGUAUGGCGUCAAAAAUCAUCCAAAAAUGUCAUAGUAUAAUAAGGUGUCAAAAAACAUCAAAAAAUAUCUUAAAAUAGUAAAGCGUCAAAAAAGGUAAAAAAAUGUCACAGUAUUGUAAGGCGUCAAAAAACAUCAAAAAAUGUCAUAGUAUAGUAAGGGUAGGUUUGGACAGUUUCUAUGAUUAACAUGAUUUGUUUCUGCAAGAGGAGAAGACUACAUCACUUGAAGAGGACAACAAAAGUAGUCACAUGGUUACAUGUUCUUAAAGAUGUUUGGAGAUGUAUAAGACAAGCAUAUCCUCCUAUGUGCUCAUCACUGUAUUAAAUGUUGUGUGAGAAAACAAACUGUCUCCAAGUGGUCAAACAUCUGUCAUUAUCUUUGCUGUGGUUUGUUAAAUAGAACAGAAUCAAUAAAUGUUU